AUGUACACACAGGGACAGACAUAUGAGCGCUUGACUGCUGAACCGAACUUUUCAGAGUCUCAUGGUACCGAGAAUCCACAGGAGCAAUCCAAUGGGCCUAUAGAGCUUCAGCAGUGGGCGAAAGCUCCACUUGCUGAAGAAACCGAGCAGAAUCAACCGUCAGCAGCUCCAAGUCGCCCGUCCUCUUGUUUGGAGUAUAAGAAAGAUAUUGCAACACGCGAAUAUCUGUGGGCAAUGUUGGACGAUUGGAACAUCUUGGAGAUCUCAGGAGUCGUGAUAUCUGCUGGCUGCUUGGUUGUCAUUGUUGUUGUCCUGCAGUAUUUCGAAGGAAAGCCGCAGCCUACAUGUAGAUAUGCCUCCCUGAACUCGCUCAUCUCCUGGGUAAGCACCGUUUCAAAAGCGUGCACACUGUUCGCAAUCAACGCAGGACUGGGCCAGUUGAAAUGGGUAUGGUUCGCGAAGAAGAAGCGACCGAUUCCCGAUCUGAGGACUUUUGAUGCCGCCAGUCGAGGACUCUACGGAAGUGCGGAGCUCAUUUGGACUCUUAGAGGGAGCCAUUUUGCCGUCUGGGGCAGUGUGGCUGUCAUCCUGGCAGUGGCAUUCGACCCUUGCGUCCAAAAUUUGAUUCGUUACUAUCCCGACUGGAUAUACGACCCUGGACAACAAGCCUUGCUGGCUAACAGCUCUACGUACACGACCUAUGGGGUCAUGGUGAAUACGAGCUAUUACACCAUCGAUGGGGCGCUCAAGAUGAACAUCUAUAACGCUUUAUUCAAUUUGGACGAAAGCCAGCCAUGGGCGGUUCCUCGGUAUAUUUGCAGCUCGGAUUCGCCCUUCCAUGCAACCGAGUGUGUACUCGAGCCUGUCGUCCGCAGCCUGAACGCUACUGUUCGCAACGGUACCUACCAGGACCGUAGCCUGGCUACAUGGAACCAAAGAAGUUCCUUCUCCGACAACAAAGACGCGGCACUGUUGAUUCAACCACCCUGGGGCGCUGAACACGGAAUACAACCAAACCAGUCCUUCUCCAUCGGACACAUGGCCUAUCCAGCUAUGCUGAAUUUCUUCCGGGAUCUCUUCGGCGGUUACUUCGAGGUUCAGACCAACAUCCGAGACACGCUGCAGGCACUCGUGUAUGGGAACAUAACCGGCUGCGCGACUGAUCAGCCAGAUAAGCUUCGAUGUGCGAUGACGAAUGUCGCCGCGGCCAUGACCAAAACGUUUCGUGACUCGGCGUACAUACAGGCAGGAUCAGACCCUGAGCAGUCACAGAUGACGGUGGGAAGAGGUGUUGUCGUAACUUACUUUGUCGAAGUGCAUUGGCGAUGGAUCACACUGCCGGGUGUGGUGUGGUCUCUGGGCGCAGUUACGUUGGUAGGCACGGCAUGGAAGACUCGACGGUCAAAGGUACCGAAUUGGCGAAAUGAUCCACUACCCUUGUUAUUUCUUUAUCAGAAAACAGAUCUUCGGGAUUUUCCAGGAGGCAGUAUUGAGAGAAUGGGCGCGAAAGGAUCGAUAGAGGUUGGUGGGCUCAAGGUCAAAUUCUACGGGGUGGAAGACAAGUAUAUUCUGAGCUAG